UUCGUUGAUAGAAAGGAAUUAGGAAAAUAAAUUUAUAUUAAUUUCACAAUUCGAGCAUGUCGAUUGCAGCAAAAUCGACAACUAGCAGUAGCGGUGGAGGUACCACGUCCGCAGCUGCAGUGGCGUCCAGUUCGACCUCGUCGAGUGGCAAUGUGCAGGAGUUUAAGAUUCGCGUGCCUAAGAUGCGCAAGAAGCACCAUGUCAUGCGUUUCAAUGCCACGCUCAAUGUUGAUUUCGCACAGUGGCGCAACGUCAAGCUGGAGCGGGAGAACAACAUGAAAGAAUUUCGGGGUAUCGACGAGGAACAGCCAAAAUUUGGCGCUGGCUCGGAGUACAAUCGUGACCAGCGAGAAGAAGCGCGUCGUAAAAAAUUUGGUAUCAUAGCACGCAAAUACAGACCAGAGGCUCAACCCUGGAUUCUAAAAGUGGGUGGCAAAAUGGGAAAAAAAUUCAAGGGCAUACGAGAAGGUGGAGUGGGCGAAAAUGCCGCAUUCUACGUGUUCACACACGCCCCAGAUGGUGCUAUCGAAGCCUAUCCCUUAAACGAGUGGUACAAUUUCCAGCCCAUACAGCGCUACAAGUCGCUGUCGGCGGAGGAGGCCGAACAGGAGUUUGGACGUCGCAAAAAGGUCAUGAAUUACUUUUCUCUUAUGUUGCGCAAGCGCUUGCGCGGUGACGAGGAGGAAGAACAAGAUCCCGAGGAAGUCAAAUUGCUAAAGGCCGCCACAAAAAAAUCCAAGGAACUAAAAAUUACCGACAUGGAUGAGUGGAUUGAUUCUGAGGAUGAGUCCGAUUCUGAAGAUGAGGAGGAAAAGAAGAAGAAGGAGCAGGAGGACAGCGAUGAUGGCGCUGGGAAGAAAGGUAAGGGAAAAAAGGGCAUGGAUAAAAAGAAGAAGAAACGUGAUGUGGACGAUGAAGCUUUUGAGGAGUCUGAUGACGGCGACGAGGAGGGACGCGAAAUGGACUACGAUACCAGCUCUAGUGAAGAUGAACCUGAUCCAGAGUCUAAGAUGGUGAAGGACAUGAAAGGCGUGGCUGAGGAGGAUGCACUUCGCAAAUUGCUCACUUCUGAUGAAGAAGAGGAUGAAGAAAAGAAAUCAGACGAAUCAGAUAAGGAGGAAGGCGAAGAGAAAAAGAAAAAGGAAAAAAACAAAGAAGAAACCGCCAAGGAUAAAAAGAAAAAGAAACAAUCAAAAGACGACAAGAAAUCAAAGACAAAUGGUAGUGAUUCAUCAACGGAUCUCAGUUCAGAUAGCACAGAUACCGAAGAUGAUCUUAGCAAUGGACCGUCUAAAAAGAAGUCUGCACCCAAUAAAGAUAAAGAAAAAGAGAAGGACAUUGCUAACAAAGUCAUCCCCAGUGGCAGCAAUGCAAAUAAAUCACGCUCCGCCACGCCAACUCUCACGAAUGACCCCAACAAACGCAAAAUGAACAGCUUGCCCAGCGAUCUCACUGGAUCUGACACCAGCAACAGUCCUAGCAGCACGCCCGCUAAACGACCCAAGAGCGAGCUGAGCAACUCAUUGCCAUCGUCCUUCGCAGGUGUAGUCAGCAACAAAGUGGAAGACUAUGGUAUCACCGAGGAAGCAGUGCGUCGAUAUCUUAAGCGAAAGCCCUUGACGGCUACAGAGCUGCUGACUAAAUUCAAAAACAAAAAGACAGGCGUCUCUAGCGAUCGCUUGGUCGAGACCAUGACCAAGAUUCUAAAGAAGAUCAAUCCUGUGAAGCAUACCAUACAGGGGAAAAUGUAUUUAUGGAUUAAAUAAUAAUGUCGCCACACUUUUAUCUGCAUGCAUUGUAUGUUUUAAUUGCCAGUGCAUGUUCGUAAACUGGUUUAUUAAAAAUUGCGAAUUUUUGUAAUUAAAAU